AGUAACGCUCUGUGGGCUGGCAGAAGCCAAUCACUGAUCUUACUGUACACGGUGACUGACCAAUCAGAAACCAAGGGACUCAUAGCUAAGGCCCGCCCACUUACGCCAGCCAGUAGUCGAGCUGAAAAACUGUCAAGUGAGUGAACAGGAUGGGGACGGCUUGAGCAGCGAAAACACGCAAAAAAUGCAACGAGAAGUUGUAAAAACAACUUUAAAAGUUAUCCAUGCCAUGUUUGGAGUUUAUCACAGCACAUGUUAGUAACCUACAGAGAAGCAGCAGCAGCCUUGGGCAGUGCGUGUUUUCCCCUGCGAUAAGCAGCCAGUUUCGGAAGAUGUCAGCGCCCAGUAACUCCCUUCAGCAGCCGAGGGUGAGGCGCAGCAAUGCGGGCUCCCCGGGCUCGUUCACCCAGAGCGGCAGCAGCUGCAGCCGCUUGCACCCCAUCCGUGCCACCGUGCCUUACCAGCUCCUGCGUGGGGGUCCGAGCAGCCCCACACGGCCGCAAACCCUGCACGGAGGACCCACAACCAGCCGGGUCUCGAGUAGCAGCCCACCCUCCAGUCCCCCGCUCACUUCAGGAAGUACAAAGCAAAGAGUGUCACCCGAAAAUAAGGAGGCUUCCUGUCCCCCAGACUCCCCAGUGUCAAAAGCGGAACGAUCCAAACUACAGGUGCGGAGCUCCAGUGCCAUACGGAGAGCGUCUUCCUUGGACGCCAUCACAGGACCUUACCUGACUGGCCAGUGGCCUCGGGACUCCCACGCUCCGUACCCUUCCUGUAUGAAAGACAAAGCCACACAGACUCCAUGUCUCUGGAUUGACGAAGCCGCUGAACUGGGAAGUCCUCACCAGCGAUCAGCGUCGUGGGGGAGCGCAGAUCAUCUGAAAGAGCAGAUCGCUAAGCUGCGCCUGCAGCUGCAGCGCAGCAAACAGGUGACCAGGCAGAGCAAAGACAGGGAGCAGAGCUCACUGCAGCUGCAGCAGCUGCAGCAGCUGCAGCAGCAGCACAGCGCCGCGUGCCAAUCACAGUACAAGGGAACUUCUUCAACUUUAACGUCAAACCCGAUGGCUAAGUCGCUGAUAUGCAGAGUGCCGAGCAGCGUGGAGGGAAUCAACCACGAGCUGGAAAACGUUUUCAUCCGAGACGACUGGGAGCACGGCCUGCAGGCCAUGGAGGCGGUGGAUGGCCGCCGCCCGCCCUUCCCUCCGAACCGCUACAGCAGCAGUAGCGGUGACACCCGGGACACGGACACACAGGCCCCGUCCAGCGGCGAAUCGAGCCCGUCGCCCCGACCCAGCAGCUCCGACCACCUUCACUCCCAUGACGGAAGUCCCUGUUCUGCUGAGGAAAUCGAUAAAGACAGCGGGUGCAGCUCUCCUCUUCCCAAGUUCGCCACUUCGCCCAAACCAAACAACAGCUACAUGUUCAAACGGGAACCUCCAGAGGGAUGUGAGAGGGUCAAAGUGUUUGAUGAGCUGGUAUCGGGCAAAUCCAAAGGCUUCCCUCUGUUCUCGUGCCCUGACAAAAACAAGGUGAACUUCAUCCCCAGAGGCUCGGCCUUCUGCCCCGUCAAACUCCUCUGCUCCUCCCUGUUCUCCCCCAUCAGCCCCAGCUUUCACACCAACAGCGGCCUCACAACUCAGGUGACCCCGACUCAGCCCGCAGCGCCAGCAGCUACGUUUUUGUCGUCCGCAGACCUGAGGGGCGGCGGCGGCCUGAGUGCUGAGUCAGGAGACGGCUCAGCACAUGUAGUCCUCACCAGCUGGUCCUCAGGUAUUCAUGACCAAACCACCUACAAAUAAAACAUGGCAUCUAGCCUGGUGGUUUGGCUUUAAAACAAAAAGGAAAAAAAAUGACAACAAAAAAAUUGCACUCUGAUAAUCCUAACAUUAGCCAGCAGGGGGCGCCCUCGGCGUGGAAAUGGAUUCCUGUUUGAGGAUAAUACUUGAUGUUUGGGCAUUGUUGCUGACCGCUCUCCUCCCAUCACUAACCUAACCCACCAUCGUCACAUAUAGCAGGAAAUCGUUUGCUUAUCCUGCAAUAAAUAGAACUGAAUAAUUAAAUUAUAUGUAGCGUUGGCAGUCUUAUCAAGAUAAAAAUAAAUAAAAAUUUAAAAAAGAAAAAAAAUCCAGAAUUGUAACCAUGCAAUAUCAGCAGAAACUGCAUUGUGUUCAUGUUAUUAUCCAGCUGUUCAGUGUUGAAGCUAAAACACAAAUGGGAUUUCUUAUAAUUUACCCCAUUUUGGCUCUAAAUGGCACAAGGCAUUUUUAUUUUUAUUAUUUCUGACAUAUAUGUUUGAAUGUACUUGUUGCGUUUUGUUAAUGAGAAGCAGCAGUACUUGUUGAAUGCAGUUGCAGGUUUUGUUUAGGCCAGGCCUGAACCUGUACACAGUGUGAUUACCAUGGCAACAGGACGAGCUAAGCACAAAAUGCAAAAAUACGAGCUGUUUAAUGAGUGACCAAGUAAACACAAAGCACACGACUUUCCUAUCGCCCUCUUAUUGGCUCAACCGACUGUUAGCAGUAACUCAGGUUGUUUAGAAGCGAAUGGUGGGGCUGUGCUGCCAUUCCUCAGCGUUUAUAGGGAUUUUCUCACAAGGAGAUUUUUUUUCCAAAAUGUCCUCUUUUGUUUUUCAUUCCCAGGAAACGCAGGUUUAAUUUUUUAGGUUUUGACAUUGAAACCAGUUCCAGGUGUCUACGACACAUUCCACAACGAGCUGCAUAAGUUUCUUUAAUUCACAAGCUGUUUUGAUUUGGCAUGAGAAUUUUGCAGCUAUGUAACAAUUAUAUUAAACACAAACCAAAGCAAACUACAAAACGGCACAGAGACCGUCAUAUUCGAGAUAUCAGGGCAUUUUUUGUGCCAGAAUGUUUGUGUGUUUUUCAUUUUUGUAAAGUGAUUCAGUGUCAUAUGAGGCUCUGGGUCUAUUUGCCCCUUUCAGGACCGGUAUCCCCACUUUAUACCUGUAAAUAAGCUGCUGUUUUAUCUAUUUCAGUGGUCAAAAUCGAUAAAAAUGGGAAAUAAAAACACAAAAAAGCUGAAAGAGUCUGGCAGCAAUUCAAAAUCUGAAAUAACUGAAGGCAAAGUUUCCUGUUUGGAUGCAAAAAGUUUUAUAAAGGAGCUUAUUGAGUGAGGAGGGAGAUUGGAAAAAUGUUUUCUGAUGGUAGCAGAAUGGAGAAAGAGGAUGAUAUCGGCCCAAUAUUAACAAUGGGAUGAAAAAAAAAAAUCAAACCAGGGAAAAAAUGUACAUUUAAAGGGCAAAAAUCCCCCCUGCCAAAAAAACAUGCCAGCAGAGUAGAAUACUUUAUAUUUUUAAGCUAUAAAGUGAAGUUCUUACAUUUCUUUACAUAAUGAGUUUGUAUUUUACCAAUAAGGGGAACGUUUUGGAUCAUAUCACCACAAACUGACAUGUGGGCCAAAAGUUUACUUGCCAGCAUCAUUUUGUAACUAAGAGAAAUUAUUCAUGGUAGAUCCCAAAUUUUACAAGGAUUUUGCUUGUUUGCUGUAUUAAAAAAAACAAUUCUCAGUUAUAACAGGAUUUUCUUUUUAAAUGCUUGCUAUAUUUUGCCAUGUUUAAUAAGUUAAAAAAGCUGAUUUUAGUACAUUAAAGUUGGCUUUUCCGUUAAAAUAAAGUGUAUGAAUAAAUGUGAUUUUAAUAUUACAAAAGCUUUGUAAAACUUUGUGGCAUAUUUAUUUUCUAUUGUAAGAAAAUUAAAUCAGCAAUAAUUUUAUCUUGAUUUGAAAUAAAAUGUCUCCAUCGGAUCAAAUUUGGGUACAAAGGGCCACAAAUGGCCCCCGCCCCGCACUUUGGACACCCCUGGUAGAUGGACAUUGUAAUUUCUGCUCCUGUUCAUGGAUAGUGUUGAUUUCUAUCCAUGAAAUAACUGCAACCAGAAUAAUUUAUAUUAGGUGAGCACAUAUGCAGGUCUCGCUUUUUAAUCGUGUUCUGGCUGCUUUUAGGUUAAUCUGCCACUCAAACUCUAGAAAAUCUAGUUUUCUGACUCUAAAACAUCACUGAAGCUAAAGCUGCGCAUGUGGUGGAUCAGAGAGAAUUUAAAAUGCAAGAAAAGAAAAACAUGUUGCUAAAUAUUGAUGAAAAAAACUGUAUUUUCUACCAAAAAGGCUCAAAAAAACAGCUGCAAUCUAUUGAUUUCCUGCUUCAGUUAUAGAUUUCCCAGCUGAUCUUGUUAGGAAAAGAGCUAAUUUAAUCUUUUUGUGUUCUCCACAGGUAAGCACACAUCUACCCAACAUAUUUAUAUAGAAAAUGUUUUUCUUUAAGAAAACAAUCAAUUCUCAGUUUACAGUUGCCUUCCUGUUGUAGACGGCUUCAAUCAAAAUUCUUUACCUGCUUUAUUAUUUAAUCUAAAGACUGAUUGUGAUUUAUUUGUAGCAUUCUUUCAAGAUUUUUUGGUUUUCUAGCUUUAAAUAAAUCCUGUUGGGUCAAAAUUGACAGAUUUGACCUUGACUGACCUUCUGAGGGUUGAUGAAGUUUAUUAGAGUAAAAACAUUUCCUUAAAUUAGGCUAUCAGGGGAUUAUUAGAAAUAAAAAUAAGAAUAAAAAAAGGGGCAAAAAUCACCAGCUCAACAUAAAACCAUUGUUGCAUAAUUUGAGAAACACACAAACUUUUCUUGUUUUUGUAAACCCAAGCUUAAGCACUUAAUUGGAAAGGAAAAGAUAAUCACUGUUCUGUGCUGUAUUCAAGUUUGUUACUUAAAACAAUCAGAAGAAUGUGCAAUGGAUUUUUAUUUAGCAGAAAAACGACACUAGUUUGUUUUAUAGUUUGGGCUCCAUAAAGGAAAACGCUCAUGUAACGUCUGAUAUCACUGCUGAGUUCUCAGCACGUUUCAGAGAUAUUAAAGCAUAAACGUUGCAGUUCAUAUGCUGAUGACACCCUGUUGAGAUUUAUCUAAAUAAUGACCGAUUCCUCAAACAUGAAAUCUGUUCUGCAACUUCAAAAUCUUCGACCGUAUCCAUUCAGCAUGCCGAACGUUUAAAGAAGUAGUUGCCAUUGUUGGCGAUGAUGAUGAUGAAUCUUCUGUGUUUUAUAUGUUUUUGUGUAGAUCUUGUUUUUUUCAAUAAAGGAAACAGAAAAGCCUUUUUGAAUUGAUAUGUCUUCUCUUUUUAAAGGGCAUUGAGACACACAUGGACAAACAUCAGCAUUCGGUAACAUCUCACAUGUAGAGGCUGAGGUAAAGUUAAGGCUCUUCAUAAAGUCGAUAUGAUGAUGGAAAAUUAAAACAACGCGUAGCUUCAAGA